CUGACGGAAGCUGCAAUGGGUGCUGGUGGUAGUAAAGCUACAGUCGGCCCAUCACAAGUCCAAGAAAUAACGAAUGUUACCAAUACCGCAAAAGCUACUGAGAUAAAAGACAACACAAUACCGAAGUCGGUUGGGUUAGAACCAAAAGCCCAGAAGGAAGAUAAAAACAUUAUCCUUGUCAAACCUGCUACAAAUCCAAUAGUGAAAUUGCAAAUAAUUGAACCACCAAAAAGUGUAAGAAGUAAAGAUGAAACGUUAACGAACCAAACUUUGGCAACGGGAAAACCUGCCAAGACGCCUCUACAUUCCUAUCAAAUAUUUAAAGCGCAAGAAAUUUUGACGCCGACUAAAAGAUACUCAGUCUCGACUAUGGAGGGAGCUUUGACCGCAAGGGACCGGGUUGGAGUCCAGGACCUGGUACUACUGGAGGAUUAUCAAAGUGAAACUGCAUUUCUGCACAACAUUAAAAAACGAUUUAAAGAAAAACUUAUUUAUACAUACAUUGGUUCAGUGUUGAUAUCAGUGAAUCCUUACCAACAAUUAGGUUUCUACUCGCCUUACCAUAUGGAGAAGUACCAAGGCGUUAACUUCUAUGAGAUGCCACCACACGUUUACGCGAUCGGCGACAACACAUACCGAUCAAUGCGAAACGAAGCAUCCGACCAAUGUAUUCUAAUAUCAGGGGAGUCAGGAUCUGGGAAAACGGAGGCUUCUAAAUACAUUCUUCAAUAUCUGAGUGUUUGUAGUGCUUCCAAUGAUAAUGUGGAACACAUUAAAGGAAGGUUGCUGCAAUCUAACCCGAUUCUAGAGGCAUUCGGGAACGCCAAGACACACAGAAACGACAAUUCGUCAAGGUUUGGCAAAUACAUGGACAUUGAGUUCGACCACAAAGGGGCACCAGUAGGUGGACAUAUACUUAACUAUCUGCUGGAGAAAUCGCGCGUGGUCCACCAAGCAUCGGGUGAAAGGAACUUCCAUAUUUUCUACCAACUGCUAGAGGGCGCUGAUGAGGAGUUACUAAGCCGACUUAUGCUGCAGAAAACACCAGAUAAAUAUUUCUACACAUCGCAGGGCAAAUGUGCAAAAGUAAGUUCAAUCAACGACAGACGUGACUUCCUCGCUGUACAAAAAGCUCUCAAAGUUUUGGAAUUUUCGCCAAAGAACAUAGACGAGCUUCUAUCCAUUGUAGCGAGUGUGUUGCAUCUCGGCAACGUUAGUUUCAGUGCAAAUGAAGAAGGCCAUGCUACUGUGGACAGAGAACAUGAAAUACAGAAGAUUGCUAAUUUACUCGGUUGUCAGUUUGAGCAACUUUUACAAGCUCUUACUCAUCGAACUAUCGAAGCAAACAAAGAGAAAAUGGAAAGCCCUCUCACCGUAGAACAAGCUUUAUAUGCCAGGGAUGCAUUAAGCAAAGCUAUAUAUGGUCGCAUGUUUAACUGGCUGGUGCUCAAGCUUAAUGGUUCACUAACAAGCAAGGACCGCAUGCGCAAGAACGUGAUCGGCCUUCUCGACAUCUAUGGGUUUGAGAUUUUCAAGAGCAACAGUUUCGAGCAGUUUUGUAUCAACUUCUGUAACGAAAAACUGCAACAACUUUUCAUUGAAUUGACGCUCAAGCAAGAACAAGAGGAAUAUAGAGCUGAAGGAAUAGAGUGGGAACCAGUGGAAUAUUUUAACAACAAAAUAAUCUGCGACCUUGUGGAAGAGCGCCACCAAGGGAUCAUAGAUAUCUUAGAUGAGGAAUGUUUAAGACCUGGUGAAGCAACUGAUAAUACUUUCCUGUCAAAAUUGGAGGAAACUGUUGGAAAACAUCCACAUUUUAUUACACACGCAUUGGGAGAUUCGAAAAUGAGAAAGACGAUCGGGUAUGAAGAAUUUCGAUUGGUUCAUUAUGCUGGUGAGGUCACCUACUCCGUCAAAGGGUUUCUGGACAAAAACAACGACUUAUUAUACCGUGAUUUGAAAGUUACAAUGUCCGUUUCAAAGAACGAGAUUGUUAAAGAAGCUUUUCCUGCUACAGAACUUACCAAGUUAAAACGACCCGAAACUGUUGGCUCCCAGUUCCGUACAAGCCUUAAUCGUUUAAUGGACAUUCUAAUGUCUAAGGAACCUUCUUAUGUAAGAUGUAUUAAACCCAAUGACGCUAAAAUGGCAGAUCGCUUUGACGAAACUCUGGUGCGCCAUCAAGUGAAAUACUUAGGGCUAAUGGAAAACCUUAGAGUAAGAAGAGCAGGUUUCGCUUACAGAAGAACCCACGAUAUAUUCCUAAACCGAUAUAAAAGCUUGUGCCCAGAGACAUGGCCACAUUACGAUGGGCCAUCGCGUAAAGGAGUUGACGUGCUUUGUAAGUAUCUUGACUACAAGGAGGGGGAGUACCGACUGGGGAAAACCAAAGUUUUCAUUCGAUUCCCGAGGACGUUGUUCGCAACUGAAGAUGCGUUUCAGAUCCGUAAACAUGAGCUAGCUACCACCAUACAGUCUGUAUUCCGUGGAUGGAGACAGAAGAAGAAGUUUACGACGAUGAGAAAUGCUGUGACGCUCCUCAGCUCGCAAUGGAAGAAAAUUCUUGCUCAGCGAUUAAAAGCAAAAAGGAAAAAGGCAACCUUAGAUAUAAGAAAGUUCAUUCUUGGUUUUAUGACGCGUCUAAAGCCGCGGUGUCCAGAAAACGCCGACUUCUUGGAUUACGUGAGAUACUCGUACCUCAUGCGCGCGAAAGAGAGCUUGCCAGCCAGUGUGUUGGAUAAAUCGUGGAUUCAUUCGCCUGCUGCACUGGAAGAGACAGGUAAAUUGCUUCAGCAACUUAAUAUGAAGAACUUGAUGCUGAAAUACGUUAAAGGAGUUUCUCCUCAACGUAAGGCUAUGAUGGAAGAAAAGGUGCUCGCGAGCGCCAUCUUCCGACAGAAGAAAAAGGGAUACGACGAGAGCGUGGCUAACCCCUUCCAGGAUAAACCGAGAGUCGAACAACUCAAGCCAAAAAUGUUGGCUACUAUUGAUUCUGGUGAACAAGCUCUAUACUGCUGUAGUGUGACCAAAUACGAUCGCCAUGGUUACCAUCCAAGGGCACGAACUUUAAUUAUCACCUCUGGCGCCACCUACCUGUUCGAUUCCAAAGACGGAAAGUUAAAACAGAAAAUUUCCCAUAAUGAGUUAAGAGGUAUCUCUACAAGCAGUCUCGGAGAUAAUGUCUUCGUGUUACAUGCGCCUUCAGAUAACAAGGAAAAAGGAGACGCUAUUGUUCAAAGCACUUUCGUGAUUGAAACCAUUACAAAGUUGGCUAGAAUCGCAAAAAAAGACCAAGACGUUAAAAUCGUGGAUAACAGCAGUAUACUACAUGAUAUGACGGGUGGAAAGCAGGGAAGGAUUGAUUACGUGGUUGGGAAUGAGGUGUCCGUCACCAAAACGAAAACAGGCCUGGUUGUGGUUGCUCCCGCUAGGUAAACUCAACCACUUGACGUCGUAGGAGAGCGCACAAUGAUGGUGGUUGGUGGUCUGUACAGAUCUUUAUUCACAAUAAAAUCUAGCAUAGUUGCUACUCGCCAAAUAUUAGUUGUCAAAGUUAUAUACUGGCAAAGCAGAAGCCUCUUUACCUCACUGCAAAUAUUCAAUUAAUAACAAAACGACUUUUUGUAAAAUAAAAGCUCCUAAUGAUGUAACUUCGUUGCUUUCUGAGUAAAAAGGUUUCUGCUUUAUCAGUAUUUGCGUCGCUUAAAAUACGUUUGCAGUUUAUUUUUGUCACAUUUUUUGCGCUUUAGUAGUUUUUAGUUUGCACUACGAAUUCUAGGUUCUAAUCUUAUCAUCUUAAACACAAGCACGCAGUCUGUUCACUAAUGAUAAUUUAUUACUAGUUUGAGUUUUUUUAAUCCAUUGUCAAAUGUUUAUUUACGCCAUACUGAAUUUCAGUUUAAAAAGUGUUUAGAAAUGUAGUGUUUCUGCCGUAACGAUCGUAAUAUGCAAUUAACCCGAAUUUUCUGCAACACCGAGCCAGCAUUUAUACUGCAGUAUCAGCAGAAUGAAAUUUGUCCAAAACUACAACAUACUUUUUAGUAUACGUGACUUUUAUACGCUGCUUUUGAAAAGUGUCUAUCGUAUGUUUCGUUGCAAGUGUCUAUCCUGGUGUUUUACAUAUUUUGUUGUUUGCACUAAUCAAAAGCGCUACGUUAAAUUUCAUAGCAAAAUACAUUUAUGUGUUUUAA